CAUUCAAGAGCAAUUUUAUAACGACAGAGAACAGUGUUGUUCUGGACUGAUACACUUAGAGGCUUAUGAAAAUAUAUCGCAGAUUCUCAGGAAAACAGCCAGCGAGCGAUGGUGCCGUAUAUUGUAGCUAGUAAAAUAUAGUUGGCUACGGAAAUGACCUAGAGGCCUUAUACAUCCACUCGUGCUUUGUUGCUUCAGACCACAAUCGUGGAGAAGCUCAAUCUGGAAGCGGCACUUGUUUCCGUAGCGACCGUAAUAACUACCUCAGCCAGCAGACGGAAAGGAGGAGAACGGCUGCAAAAACAAAGUCAGCCCACCCCUGCCCCCAUCCCCCCCCCCCUCCGGGUUUUUAAUAGUCGGCCAUCGCACACUCCACACAAGGCCUGGACGUGCUACCAAUAGUACACCCCCUCCCCCCCACCCCUCCUACCCCUCUAACCCCAUCCCGCCCCCCCUCCUCUCCCCCUGUGCUACAUGGAACAGAUCAUCGCCAGGCAGGAUCUGUCUUUACCUCUCAGCUGAAACCAGCGAAGCUUCAUGCAAGCCUUCUCUAACGGAGGAAACAUCAGGGCACUGGAAUCUCAUAGUUUUUGUUUAGUUUUUUACAUUUCCUCCUCUUGCUGUUGACCGGUGUUCCAGUGUUCCCGGGUAUUUGCAGACAUAUUUUAGAAGAUUUUGUAUUUUUUUAUGAAGAGGUCUGUAUGUAUGUGAACAGAAGGAGCUUUCCUGCUUCCAUUUGAAGACUUCUGCACUGUUUCUGGAUUGAAGUUAAAUGUCGGAUUGAGAGCCAGUCUGAGGAAACACUGGAAGGUUGUCCUCUGAAUUCUGCAACCGUUGGCCAACCGCCACCGGCUCUCUUUAAGCUUAAGAAAUAAGACUAAGACUUGAACCUUUAGCCUCCAUGUUCCUUCCUCCCCGGCUGUGGGAUUAGACCUGCAGCAGGGCUCCCUCCAAGGGGGAAAAGUUGCAGCCAGUCCGCAAAAAAACGCCAGUCUUCUUCUCCCUCCGCCGCUGUGAAGCCUCAGGAGAUGCUGCCUAGGCAGACGGUGCCGUUACGCUGCCUCAUCACCCGACUCUAACAAGUCCUGCAUCCGGAGGUGGGACCGUCUUCGCGAGACCCGAGAGAUCGGCGGAGCGAGAGGGCAAGCCCGCGACCAGCGUUUCCGAGGGGCACUUCGUCACCUAUGUAUUGUUGCAGCGCGCAGGAAAGCAAAAUGGACUACAAGCGGCGCUUUUUGCUUGGCGGGUCCAAACAGAAAGUGCAGCAGCACCAGCAGUACCAGCUGCCUGAGCUGGGCCGGACCCUCAGCGCCCCCCUGGGCUCCUCCUGCUCCGCCCCCGCGUCCAUGGCAACCGGCGGCGGGUCGGCGGGGAGCUGCGGCCACCUGGCGCCUCCAGGAGCCGCCACCACCGCCGUCGCUGACAUCCAGCAGGGCAUCUCCAAGUACCUGGACACGCUCAACAUGUUCUGCAGGGCCAGCGCCUAUCUCACCGACCUCUUCAGCAGCGUGUUCAGGAACUCGCAGUUCUCCAAAGCGGCUAUGCAACUGAAGGACGUGCAGGAACACGUCAUGGAGGCGGCCGGCCGGCUGACGGCCGCCAUCAAGCCCGAGAUCGCCAAGAUGCUGAUGGAGCUGAGCGCCGGGGCCGCCAACUUCAAAGACCAGAACGACUUCAGCCUGCAGGACGUGGAGGUGCUGGGUCGCUGUUUCCUGACGGUGAUGCAGGUCCAUUUCCAGUUCCUGUCCCAGGCCCUGCAGAAGGUGCAGCCCGUGGCACAGUCCUGCCUGGCUGAGGCCCUCGCCCAGGCCCAGGAGCGACGCGCCAACACUCGGCCCCAGACCUCUGGGCCACUCAGCGAGCUGGAGGAGGCCACCCGGUCCUGGAAGGGGGCUGCUGAGGCUACGUCGCGGCUGAGGGAGAGGGGGCGAGACGGCGGCCUGGCAGGAAUCGAGGUCCAGCAGCUCUUCUGCUCCCACAACACCGCCAUCCCCGAGCACCAGCUGAAGGACCGCAACGUGAAGAUCAACAGCGCCUUACAGGCUUAUAAAGUAGCAUUAGAGAGCCUGGGUCACAGCGAGUAUGCAUUGAAGGCUGGUUUCCACCUCAAUCCCAAAUCUGCUGAAGCAGCUUUACAGGGCUGCUGCAGCGAAGCGGAGGCCCAGCAGGCCGGGCGCAUGCAGACCCCCUCCCAGCCCAUCCAGUGUGAGCUGCCCACCAUCCCGCUGCACAUCGGCUCCCGCUUCCUCAAGGGCGUGUCCUUCAACGAAUCCGCCACCGAGAACCUCAAACUGAAAAUGCACACCAUGCUGCAGCUGAUUAAGGAGGGGACAGGGCUGAACGGCGUGGCUCUCCGGGACGACUCCCCCGUCAUAGAGGUCCUCAACCAGGUCUGCCCCUCCAGCUGGAGAGGGGCCUGCAAGACUGCUGUGCAGUUGGUUUUCGGACAGGCAGGUCUGGUGGUUGUCGACACUGCUCAAAUUGAGAACAAGGAAGCCUAUGCACCACACAUCACCUUGGAGGGCUCCAGAAUCAUGGUUCAGGUUCCCUCUACAUGGUGUCUGAAGGAGGACCCAGCCACCAUGUCUCUGCUGCAGCGUAGUCUGGACCCCGAGAAGACGCUGGGCCUGGUGGACGUUCUCUAUACUGCUGUCUUCGACCUCAACAGGUGGAAGGACCUCAGAGACCAGGCCCUGCCCACCAUACAGAUACAGCUGCAGCGGGAGAGCCCAGACUACGGUGUGCCGGCAGGGCUCCCGCCUGGGAACGGACUCAAGCCUUCCAGCGGUCUGCCCAAGACCAUCUCCAAACUCACCUCCAAGUUCACCAAGAAGGCCUCCCCGACCGGAGGCAGCAGCGGCAGCUACUCCAUCCCCAGCACCCCGUCCCGAAACGUCUUCCCUGGCGGCGGUGGCCCCGAGGACAAGGCCAAGGUCCUGGGCGGGGCUGACGGUAGGCUGCAGAGCCUCCUCAGUGCGAGCCUGUCGCGCGCCCCUGAGCCUGGGCUGGGUCCGGCUGCCAUGCUGGCCAACGGGUACCCGCCCGACUUCAAGGCCAUGAACCUGCCCACGGACCAGGAGAUGCAGGACGUCAUCGACUUCCUCUCGGGGUUCAACAUGGGCAAGUCCCAGCAGGCCUCUCCCCUGGUCAAGAGGAGGAACUCCGUGGCGUCAACCAAUGCGGCCGAGCUCAAACCCCCACCAGGACCCCCGCCGACGACACAGACGCUGUCCCAUGGCUUACUGCCCGCUCCUUCCCCGCAGGUGCUGUCCCAGCAGCACCAACAGCAGCACCAACAGCAGCACCAACAGCAGCACCAACAGCAGCAGCACCAACAGCAGCAGCACCAACAGCAGCAGCACCAACAGCAGCAGCACCAACAGCACCACCAACUGCAGCACCAACUGCAGCACCAGGAACUCCCGGCUCAGAAACCGCCACAGCCUUCCCAGCAGGCACUGCAGUAUUAUCAGCAUCUCCUGCAGCCAAUUGGCCAGCAGCAGCAGCAGCAGCAGCAGCAGCAGCCCGCCUCUCCCCAGCUCCCAUCCCAGCAGCAUCCUCCACAGCGGGCCCAGGCCAAGUGGCCCGCGACCUCCGCCCCCUCACAGGCCCCUCCGCCCUCCGGGCUGUCCCCGAUCGGGCAGUGGGGCACGCCGUGCCUCCCCAACCUCAGCUCGGACCUGUACAGCCUGGGCCUGGUGAGCACCUACAUGGACAGCGUGGUGUCCGAGAUGCUGGGGCACAAGCCCCAAGGCCCGCGGAACAACACCUGGCCCAACCGGGACCAGAGCGAGGGGGGCGCCUACGGGUCCCUGGGGGACGCCCUGCCGUUCGACCCAGCCGUUGGCUCCGACCCCGAGUUUGCUCGUUACGUGGCCGGGGUGAACCAAGCCAUGCAGCAGAAACGGCAAGCGCAGCACGUCCGUCGCCCCAGCAACACGCGCAGCAACUGGCCAAUCUCUGACGAGAGACACAGGACCUGGCCCCACCCUGAGUACUACACAGAGGGGGAUGCUAUGAACAGCAGCUGGUCAGCCAAUCAGGGGGACUCGGCCAGCUCCAGCGAUGAGACCUCCUCGGCCAAUGGGGACAGCCUGUUCUCCAUGUUCUCAGGACCUGACCUCGUAGCUGCUGUCAAACAGAGAAGAAAACACAGCUGUGGAGAGCAGGAAGUGUGCCCUCUCUCCUCGCCACCUCUACACCACUCCGGGGAUGACGGUGCUCAGGAGAGUAAAACAAAGACCUGGCCCCCCAAGGCCCCCUGGCAGCACUCCUCCCCCCACACCAACACCCUGCCCAAUCCGAGCUCUUCCUUGUACCAGAUGACCAUCCCCACCAGCCAAUGGAACGACUCCAUGCAGAUGCUGCAGUCGGCGGUGUGGUCGACGGCGGGCGACUGCUCACCCUCCCCGGGGAUCUCCUCCAGCUUCGCGUACACGCAGCAACAACAACAACAGCAACAGCAACAACCACAGCAGAGCCCGGUGCAGCCACAGCAAGCUUCCCAGCACAAACCCGUCAACAAGGGCUUCAAGACUUUCCCCUUCAAACCCGAGCACCGGCCCUCCUACCUGCACCAGUUCUGACCCGGCCAAACGUCCGUCUGGGAUGUGGAGCGCCGCUUCUAACCUGACUGACCGACCGAGAUGUGAAGGAAAUGUACAUAGGCUCGUGGUGUAAUCGCGGCCAUUAGCGGCAGUCGUUCUCCUCAUCCGAAAAGGUGUAAAAUGGAAAACGAGAGAUGCAUUUUUCGAAAAGCAUGCAAGUAUUUUGUAUGUAUUUUUCCAUUUCAGACCCCCCCCCCCAUUUUCAAAGCAAAUGUUUUCUAAGUCCUUGAACUGGCUAUGGAGUCACGCAUGAGCCACGUUUAGGAGCAGCUGGUCUGAUGGUCGUGUCCCCCCGCCUGAUUUACGUACACGCUUUAUUUCCUGCGACUUCGGUAGCCUGUGGCAUGCACAUUGUGUGGCCAUCCGUGACGCUACUGCAGCCAAAUGAAUGUGAUGUUGUGUGUCUGUGUCUGUGGGGUUCUUCUGGUUGCCCCUCUGUUAGCUAUACUGUGUCUCCAGGAAGUUGUGACUGCCAAAUCCCAUGCAAAAUCAUGUGGUGAACCAGCCUACAGCUUUUCACAAUUGUUUCAUAGUUUGUGAAUUACUCGAUUUGUUAUAUUAAUAAUUUACUUCCUGUUAUUAGAAGCUUUGAGCAGGCUCAGCAUAAGUAUAGUACUCAUUGCAUACGUGCAAUGUGGAAGACACUACUAUUUUUGACAACUGACGAAGUAAGAAUAAUAAUAGCAGUGUCUGUGUGCCAUGCUAAUAUUGGUAACUUGCAGAUAAUUAUUUUCCAACCAAAGUGUCAUUCAGAUGGUGACUGGUGCUUCAGUGUAAAAUGGAGUCCAAUAUUGUCUAUUAAUAAAUUGCAGUCGUCCACCCCAUUGUAUAAUAAACAUAAUGUCCAAUGGUCAACGUU